AUGGUAUUGAAAAAGCAAUAUCCGUACAACGAUGAGACGAAAAAUUCAAACUCUAUUGCCGCAUAUAUUCUAGCCUGCAACAAGCAGUAUAAAUAUUCCUUCACCCCAAUCAAACAGCUCAAUUUCUCACCCCUCCAUCUCCUCCCUCCCCUUCCCCUCUCCUCCAUGGAAGACCACUCCGUCGAACUCAUAACCACUCCACUCUCCUCCUCCUCCUCCUCCUCCUCCUCCCUCGCCUCCUCCUCCUUCUACCUCUCCACUCCCAUUCUCCCCGCCUCCCACAAACUCACCAUUAAAAACCUCUCUUUCUCCCUCGGCCACCUCGCCUCUUGCCCUUCCUCCUUGCCUUUCAACCAUCCAAAGCCCACUGAAGUCCUCAAAUCCAUCUCUUUCUCCGCACAAAGUGGCGGCGAGCUGCUCGCCAUUGUCGGUCCCAGCGGUGCCGGCAAGUCGACUCUUCUUCGCAUCGUCUCCGGCAGAGUUCAACGCUCCAGCUUCAAUCCCAACAGCAUUUCAUUUGAUGGAAUGCCCCUAAAGAGCCCCGGCCGGCUGCGGCGGCUCUGCGGGUUUGUUACUCAGGAAGAUAAUCUCUUGCCUCUGCUCACUGUGAAGGAGACUCUCAUGUUCAGUGCUAAGUUUCGGCUUAAAGGUGUUAGCAGUAAGGAGAGGGAAGAGCGUGUCAGAAGCUUAAUGGAGGAGCUUGGCCUCCAUCACAUCGCCAACUCCUACGUCGGCGACGAGGAGAUCCGCGGCAUCUCCGGCGGCGAGAAAAAGCGCCUCUCUAUCGGCGUCGACGUCAUUCACAACCCGCCCAUCCUACUCCUCGACGAACCCACCUCCGGCCUCGACAGCUCCUCUGCUCUCCAAGUCAUCGACCUCCUCACCUCCAUGUCAAGGAAAAAAAAUCAAAUUUUGAUCCUCACCAUUCACCAACCGAGUUACAGAAUCCUCAAAUACAUCUCCACCUUCCUUCUCCUCUCUCGCGGCAGAGUAGCUCACUUCGGGGACCUCUUAUCACUCAAAUCCUCCAUUUCCAACCUCGGCUACACGGUCCCACUCCAGCUCAACCCUUUAGAAUUCGCAAUGGAAAUCAUCAAUCAAUUAGAAGAACAGAAUACUACAUUGGCCAACUGCAACGCUUCAGAAGAAACCGGACAAGCCAACCUCCAGUGUACUGUAACUAUGAAGAAGAAAAACAACUACUGCUCGAGAUUUAAUGAAGUGGGUUCUCUCUCAUGGAGGUUUUGGAAGCUCAUGUACAGAACAAAGCAGCUCUUUUUAGCAAGAACAGCUCAAGCCAUCGUGGGCAGCUUCAGCCUCGGCAGCAUUUAUUUCAACCUGAAAUCAAACGAAGAAGGCGUAACAGAGAGGCUGGGAUUCUUAGCCUUCACACUCAGCUUCCUCCUCUCCUCAACCGUGGAAGCUCUGCCGAUAUUCCUACAAGAGCGCCGCGUUAUAAUGAGAGAAUCUUCGAGGAAAAUGUACAGACUUUCUUCUUACAUGUUGGCCAAUACAGUUGUUACAGUACCCUUCUUGCUAGUAGUGGCUAUCCUCUUCGCUGGUCCUGCUUACUGGCUCGUUGGACUGAACCCGAACCUUGAAGCUUUCUUGUUCUUCGUAAUGGCGGUUUGGUUAAUAGUGUUGAUGGCGAGCUCGCUUGUUCUGUUCCUGAGUGCAGUUGCGUCAGAUUACGUGGUCGGAAACUAUCUAAUCUGCUUGUUUUUAGGGGUUUUCUUCUUGUUUUCUGGGUAUUUUAUAGGGAAGGAAAGCUUGCCGAAGUAUUGGUUGUUCAUGUAUUACGUCUCUCUGUAUAGGUAUCCGUUGGACGCUUUGGUGGUUAAUGAGUAUUGGAGUGAAAAAGAUAGGUGUUUUAAGUGGUUGCAGGGAGAAGAAAAUUCGGUUUGUGUGAUGAACGGUGGAGAUGUGUUGAGGAGUAGGGGUUUGGAGAGGGAUAUUAGGUGGGAGAAUGUGGGGAUUAUGUGUGGCUUCUUUUUGAUUUAUAGGGUAUUGUGUUGGGUGGUUUUGGUUAGAAGGAGUUCAAGAACCAUGCUUUGA